AGUCAGUCAGCACCUCAUUAUCUCUUUCAUCUUGAGUUCGUCCAGGGGAAACGGCGCCGGCAAUUAUGUCAAUCUGCAGAGUUCCGUUCAGCUGCAACGUCACCUUCUCCGGCGACGGUUACUCAACUGUUAACGGACCCGCUCACCCACCGGCCAGACUUUCCCGCUUCAGACCCAAACUGUCUGUCAACGACCAAAACUCUGACAACCUAAGCACCACCACCUCCGCCUCUGCCCUGACCUCCCUCGCAAACCUCCUCUGGGGGCCGUCGCUCCCGCCGGGCCUCCUCAUCUCCACCGUCCGAUCGGCAUGGACAACCACGUGGCGCCUCAUGAUGUCCCAGCUCGCCCCGUCCGACCCCUCGGGCACUUACUCCCGUCCCAGCUCCAAGUUCCGGGUGACUGACCCCUCCCGCUUCGCCAGUCGGAGGCCCGGUAGCCUCCACCUGUACGUGGGCCUGCCGUGCCCGUGGGCACACAGAGCCCUCGUAGUCCACGCCCUCAAGGGCCUCGAAGACUCCGUGCCUGUCUCGGUUGCCUCUCCUGGGGUUGACGGCUCCUGGGAAUUCAAGGAUUCUGGCACCGGCAGUGCUAUCCGAUCGAGGCCCGGGGAUAGCCUUGUCCCAGGAAAGGAUAGGGCGAAUGGACGCCGGAACUUGAGAGAGGUUUACCGGCUGAGGAGGGGAGGGUACAGCGGACGGUGCACUGUGCCGAUGCUGUGGGAUGUAGAGAGGAAGGAAGUGGCUUGCAAUGAGAGCUAUGACAUCAUCGAGGUGUUCAAUUCGGGUCUCAACGGGCUGGCGGGCAAUCCGGAGUUGGAUCUCUCCCCAGCGGCAUUGAAGGGAGAGAUCGAAGAGUGGAAUCGGGUCAUUUACCCCAUUGUGAAUAAUGGGGUCUACAGCAGAUGUGGGUUUGCACAGACUCAAGAUGCGUAUGAUGCUGCGGUGAACCAGUUGUUCGAUGCACUGGAUAAAAUAGAUGAUCAUCUGAGCAAAUCAAGAUACUUGUGUGGUGAUGUGCUGACGCUCGCAGAUGUUUGCCUUUUCACAACAUUGAUUCGGUUCGAUCUCGUUUACAAUGUUCUCUUCAAAUGCACGAAAAAGAAGCUACUCGAGUAUUCCAAUCUUCAUGGGUAUAUGCGUGACAUCUACCAGAUCCCAAAGGUGGCAGCAACCUGCAAUUUUACGGCAAUUGUGGAUGGCUACUAUUGUUUCCUAUUUCCACUGAACCCAGGCAACAUUAGGCCUGUCAUGCCAGCAGAUUGCGAACAUGAAGUUCUCUUCAGCCCUCACAACAGGGAAUCUUUAUCAUCAUCAUCAACUGAUAAGAGUGCGAUGCAGCUUUACUCUACUUCAUAGGCUUUGAUCCGAAGCUGUUAGGCUGUCCUCAGCAAACUUUUGGUAUGAUUUAUUUCGGCAGCAGGAACUCAUAGAGGCACUGUUACAUCAUGACCUCCCUUUGUAUAUGGUACCCUUCAAUACCAGAGAUCUCGUGUUCAGUAAAACUAAGGAUAACGGGGGACAGUUAACGGGCCUUUUGACCUAUUCGACCAAUAUGCAGAAGGACUAUUGGCCGAUCCGUUCAUCAGAACAGCCUUCUAUCUUUGGAAGAAGCUGGAAACUCGUCGACCGAUUUCCAACGCAUACCCUCCACAGAUGUUUCAAUGCCUCUCCAUGCUCCAUCAGUUUCUUUGUUCUACCUGUCUCUCUUUCCAGUGUGCGCAACGUAAAGGAAACUUUUGAUGCAUUAGUUAUUUUGGCAUCUGUUGAAUUUUGGGAUGAAAGAUCCGAUGAUCAUCGACAGAAUCUGAAGUUUAUUUGUGCUGGUUCUUGUAUUGUGCUAUUACUUACAUGACGGUUUGUGCUAUUGCCUUAUAGCGGAGGAUUAGUUGGAUCCGAGUCAUUUGAC